AUGGCGAUCCAAGAAGAUGACAGACGGUAUCCUCUCAAAAGGCCAAAGGGCCACAAAGUUCCAGUACCAAGAUGGACAUUGCAGAUGCCGGACGGCAUAACUGACACUUACACAUUUUACAUUGGCGUUCAAUCCCACAGCAAGAAUACCAAUGCCGCAUCUCGAGCAGAGAGAUCGAUUCAACAAUGGCUCGACCAUCCCAAUGACAGACCUACAGCAGUCGAUACCUUCCGCGUAACCAACGGCUUCGACAUCAUCGAUUCCAAAGUCUGGGUAGCAUACUGGACUGACGCCGAACGCUUCAGCAGCAAGAUACAAUCCCUCAAUCUUAAGCAAAUAUGGGACGACCUAGGCGAUGAGAAAAGCUCAACGGGCCUCUGGACCGAGCACUUCGUAACGCCCAUCGACCGCCUCGAGACAAACUACGCCAGUCUUCUGCACCAGCCAGGCAUCUCGCAAGUCCCGGGAUCCGAGUUUCCCGAGCACAACCUAACCGCCUACUGGGGAGCGGGUAGAGAUCGACUGCCGGCGUCUGCCACCGAUCUGUUCCAACCCCCUGAUGAGACGACAGGGCCGAGGGAGGUGCCGAAGGGAAUCGGGGAGCAUCUGACCGGGACGAACUAUGACAACAUGUGCCAUAUCCGAAGCGGCCAAUGGUGGGAGCAAUGUGAUGAUGUCGAGCGAGAAGCUUACGAGGGCGAAGACGGGUUGCAGAGGAAGCUCAUGAACGGCAUGCAGUACCUCUGGGACAACCCGGCUGAGACUGGUACGAUCGGGUUGCGGCUUCUGCAGAAUCUGGACGAUAAGGGUAAGCCAGGCUCAUCGGAAAUGGAAGGAAGAGAGAGCUGA